CCCCGCGCAGCCGCGGUCAUUUGAAGAUGGCGGAGGCCGCGCUGCCGCCUGAGUGGCGCCUCUACCUGUCCGCGGAGCGUGCCGCCACCUUCCGCGCCUGGCCCUUCACAGAGGGCUGCUCCUGCACGCCCGGCCGGAUGGCGGCGGCGGGGUUCGUGCACCACCCGAGCGACAACUCUCCGGACGUGGCGCAGUGCUUCUUCUGCCUCAAGGAGCUCGAGGGCUGGGAGCCUGACGACGACCCCGCGGACGAGCACCGGAAGCACUCCCCUGCCUGUGCCUUUCUCUCCCUUCAGAAGGAUGUUACUGACCUGACGCUGCAGGAGUUCCUGAAGCUAGACAAGGAGCGGAUGAGAAACAUGAUUAAAAAGCAGAUCUCUCAGAAGGUGACAGAGGUUGAAGAAGCAGCAAAGGACAUGCGCCGCUACAUUGCAAAGCUGACCUCCUGAGUGCUGCUCUAGUUGUUACUUGCAGGCAGCAUCAGGCAUGUAGAUCUGCUCUUGUUUGACUGCUGGAGUGAUUGCAUUUCUUCAGACAGCGGCUGGUAGUGGUGCUAACAUUGCGGUCAUGUCUUUGUAGUGGCCGAACAGCUCGUGUUGCCAUCAUACCAUCCAGUGGCUCCAGCAGGAAAGUCUGAGCCUUGGGUAGAUCUCUACCCUCCCUGUAAAGGGCUUCUCACUUCCAUCUUGUUAUUCCUAGCUGAGUGCUCCCAAAUCUCUCAGUGGCUUUGAAAGUCUCCUGUACAGUUCCACUUUUUGUUUUGAUGCAUUUACAAAUAAAUGUCUAUAAGACAAAACACUGAACAAAGAUUUAUUUUUACUCUGCUCAGAACACUUCCUACAAUGAAACUUAACACUUGUCCUUUUACAACAGUCUGCAUGAGAGGUUCCCAAACAACUUUUUUCUUAUUGUGCACCCCCUUCCAGAUUUACCAGCUGCUGACAUACCCUUACCAGUAUACUUUUUAUCUUAACCCUUCAAAGCCAAUUAUUAUAAGGAAAAUUAAAUCUGUUAUUACACAGUUUCUCCUGCAUAGUCACCUGGAGAUGUCCUACAUCUCCCCCACGGUACACAUACCACAGUUUGGGAACCCCUGGUCUAUAUGAUUCAUAAUGCAUUAUACUUAAAAAGUAAAAUAGGCUGAUCAGUCAAUCCUAGAUCCUACUGGUACCUCCACAGAGUUGAUGAAUAAAGCUGAAAAGGCACAGGUAUUCUCUUGAGGUCUAACCCUGAAGUUCUUAAGACUUCUUUUUGAACUACAAAAAGAAUCUUGCUUAAGGAUUUUAGAUAGGAUUCGAGGCUUUUGACAUUGUAGUCAGAUGUCACUGAUUUCAAUGACACCUAA